AUGUGGGAAGAUUUCCCAGAAAUUGUAUGCGAGAUUGUAAAAGAACAUCACUUGACUUUCAUCCCAAUAAUAUUUUUAGAAGGAAGUAUCAAUUACGGUAUUAAGGAUUCCUUUAGAGAAGAAAGAUCCUUAAAAGAACCCGGAUGUUUAAAGAAUCGACAAAUGAAAAGGUUUGAGGAUAACGAGGCAACAAAGAUUGUAGAAGAAAGCAAAAAAGGAACAUUUGACAGUAAAAGGGGAAUUAUGUUUACCUUAUUAUCCCAAACGCAAGCAAUGCGAUUACUGUAA